AUGUCAGAUCUUCCCAGAAUUUUGCCUGAAGUCAUACAUCAAGAAGCUGGACCCCAGAAAAAGCGACCAAGCACUGCAGUAAUGUCAAAAGGGUCAGAUUCUUCAAACAUGUCUCAAAUACCACUGAAUCGGCCUGUCAUCCCACCAAGAAGACCUUGCUUCAGGGUAUGCUAUAUCUGUGGCAGAGAAUUUGGGUCACAGUCUAUUGCUAUACAUGAACCUCAGUGCCUAGAGAAGUGGCACAUUGAAAACAAUCAGCUACCAAGGCAUCUCAGAAGAGCAGAGCCCAGGAAACCUGAUUCCCUCACUGGUGGUCCCUGUACGCUUAUGGCUGCAAAUGAGAGAGCUUAUCAUAGUGCUCAAGCCCAGCUUCUGCCCUGUGAAAACUGUGGCCGAACCUUCCUUCCUGACCGUCUCAGCGUGCACCAGAAGUCUUGCAGAGGAGGCAGCAGUGGUGUGGGACUGUCAAGAUUCAGCCCUCGUAAAUCCAGUAAAGGACCAAGCUCUGGGUCUGGUUCAGCAAGCAAUGAUCCAUCUAAGACCCAACAAGGGAAGAGUGGGGGGAUAAAACGGCCACCAACAGUGGUUUGUUACAUAUGUGGCCGUGAGUACGGAACAAAAUCUAUCAGUUUCCAUGAGCCACAAUGCCUGAAAAAAUGGCACCAGGAGAAUGACAUGCUACCCAAGCACUUGCAAAGGCCAGAGCCCAAAAAGCCUGAAGUCAGUCCCAUACAAGGCAAAGGUUUCUAUGAUCUUGAUUCUUUAAAUGAGGCUGCCUGGAUCAGUGCCCAGAACCAGCUAGUUCCCUGUGAUACUUGUGGGCGUACUUUUCUUCCAGACAGACUGAUCGUCCACCAGCGGUCCUGUAAACCAAAACCUGCAAAGUGA